UCAGAAAACACAGACGUCCGAAAGUUUAGAAUUGAAGAAAAAAACCAUAUAAAAUCUCACAAUGAAUAAUACAAACCAAAUAUGGACUAUAAUCUGCACGCUUUUAAUUUCUGAAAUUAUAGUACCAUAUAUGACAAACAGUACAAAAAAUAAAACAUGCAAUGAAAAUAUUCAAAAUUUUAGAUUGGACAAAAUAAUCGAGGAAAUGUCAUUAAAAGUAGAAAAGUUUUGCAUCAGUACGCUACUUUCCAUAAACUUUGCUAUUUUAGUUGAUGUUAUUCAACCAAUCUGGUACAGACGUCUACAGCUGUUUUUCCGCAGACGUCAAGAGCCAGCAAACAGACAACACGAAAACGGACUGCCUCGCGACGCCAUAUUUGCAGACAGUGAGGAAAGUGAGAAUGACGACGGCUAUUUAAGUUACGUGAAUACAUGAAUAAUUCUACGACUUUCUAUUAAUGUUCUUUAAAAUAAGUAAUCUCAUUUAUUUGUGGCAUUCCUAAAAUGAAUGAAAAACUAUAUUCAAUUUGACUGAGAACUUCUAUUAAUCCAGAUAGUGCAUUUAUUGCAAUAUAUUUAGCCUCAUAUUAUGUGUCAAACAAUAUAUUUUAACAAAUUUGCGACGAAAUGCAGAUAAGAAAAAUUGCAUGAAUCCUGACAUCCAUUACUCCACAUCGUCAAUAUGACAGCAGGAUAAAAUUUUUAUAUCUCUCCAUUAUUAGUAUUAUUAAAUACUAGAUUACUUGUUCAGUGUGACAAUUUUAGCUGCUAACAUGGCCAUAGCUUUUGAAUAU